CCAGCAACAGGACGAUAGAGGAUAUUAUAAUGAAAAUGAGACUUGCGACACCAUAAAUUGUAUAAAUUAAUGAUUAGUGUCAGAGGCCGGGUCGAUAUAGCCAUAUCCACCUGUCCGUCCAUUGUCUGUGGCAACUGUUUGCCAGAAUCGGAUGCGGCAUCAACAGUUUACAAAAUGGAAAUGCCAAAGAAUACGGAAUUCAACGUGGACUAUAUACAAAAAGCUUUGGCACAUGCUUACAAAUGUGAUGAACUGAAGGUAGAAAGUUUUCAAUUGGAGUUAAAGAAACAAACUUGUGAAUACUUUUGCAGUGACAUUUAUCAAUGCAAUGUGAAAUAUCGUAAAACUCCCGAAUCGAACAUAGAAAAGGGCAAAUAUAUAAUAAAAGAUUUGCGUUAUAUGUUCUCUACAGACAAGAGUGAAAAGCUAAUGUUUCAGAAAAUUCUACCAGCCAUGGAUGAGAUAUUGGGUAGAGCUUUUCCCGAUGACCUAAAUGAAUAUAAGCUAAGCGCCAACUGCUUAUAUUGCGAGUCAUCCGAAUGGGGAGAAAAUUAUUUGCUAGAGGAUCUCAACACACUGGAUUACACGCAUUUGGAUCGCCAGAAAGGAUUAAAUCUACAUGAGGCCAAGAUAUGUUUACAAAAGAUGGCACAAUUUCAUGCUGCUUCGAUGAUUUUAAUUGACGAACAACCAGAUUUAGUUGACGAACUGCCAAGAUCACACUUUACCGCUGAAUAUCAAUGGUAUCCCAUUGACACAUUGAUGAAAGAUAGUACAAAGUACACUGCUGAUGUAUUUACCAAAGAAAUGCCAGAAAUUGCCAUAAAAAUGGAAGCUCAAAUGUCACGAGCAUUUAUGAGGCGAAUGCGUUCAAUAAUGGAUCCCGAAAACUCGCGUGUGAAAGUCAUAAUUCAUGGUGAACCGUGGAUAAAUAAUAUGUUAAUAAACAGAGCCAAAGAAAAGUCAAUUUUUAUGGACUUUCAGCAUAGUUGUCUCGGUAGCCCGGGAAUUGAUUUGAACUUCUUCUUUCACACCAGCCCUGAAUUCAGUGAAGCCUUCGAUAAAAGACCUGAACUAUUGGAACAUUAUUGUAAGUGCCUAAGGAAAACAUUGUCGUCUUGCGGCUAUACUGGAUCUAUACCUGAUUUUGCACUUAUAAAUAGCGAGAGAAUUCGCUGUGCAAUUUAUAGCUAUUACGCCGCCAUCUUAUAUUUACCCAUACGUUGUGCAUCUCCAGAAGCCAGUGAGAAUUUCGAUGUGCAAACCUUGUUAAACGAGAAGGCAAUGCUGAAAAAGAGGCAACAAUUGUUCGCCAACGGGCCGCUCCUAAAACAAUUACGAACUGUCUUGAUUAAUUUUAAUAGAGCCUCUGUUUUGGAGAUCCAUGAGCCAGAACCGUGGGACUAAAACUUUCGAACGAUACAUAAAAUUGAGUCAAAAAUGUGGUAUUAUAUGUGUAUACAUAAGUAAGAGCAAAGAAAUGAUUAAAUAAGCUAGCUUUUAAAGAGAGUUGAGAUCAUCUGAAUAGUAUAAGUAAUAUAUAGCAAUAAAGGUUUCUGGGAAUUUACAUUUAA